AUUGUUACUUCAUUUAUAUAACAUAACAAAUACUCACACCCAUAGUCAUAAAUUUUUCCAACCCUUAGUGAGAGUGAUAGAAAAUGAACUCUCUUCUUCCCGUAAUCUUGUUUAUCUAUCUCCACUUCAUCCUCACUAUGACCAAACCGACCUUAACGCUAGAACCCGCAUGCAAGACCCGUUGCGGCACACUAGAUGUCAAGUACCCGUUUGGCACCGGACCCGGAUGCGGGUCGCCCCGUUUCCACCCCUACGUCGCCUGCUCGCCCGACGGCACCCAACUCCUACUCACGACCCAUACCGGCUCCUACCCAAUAACAUCCAUAUCUUACGCAGACUCAACCCUAACCAUCUCGCCACCAUGCAUGUCCAACUGCACGUCCAUGCAGCCCGCUCCGCCCAAAUUUGGUUUGGAUUGGGCCGGCCCGUUUCAGCUCGGGUCGUCAACUUUCAUCCUCUUAGCAUGUUCAUCCUCCACGAUAAAGGGCAACCCGAUUUGCGACCCGUCUUCGGCCUAUCUCUGCCCAUCCAUCUACACCUGCCCCGGCGUGGUCUCCCUCGGGUUGCCCUUGUUUCCACCCACGAAUAGUUGUUGUGUGUACUCGCCCGCGAAUCUCAACUCGAAUGUCGAACUGGAUAUCCGGGAGCUGAAGUGUGCAGGUUAUACCUCGGUCGUUUCACUUGGAGAUUUGCCUACGAAUCCGGGUCAGUGGCUAUAUGGGGUUGCCCUGAAGUAUACGCUGGGAGGGCUGGAUAGUUACAAUAUUGCCCCUAGUUGCCGAGCUUGUGAAAUGAGUGGAGGGGUUUGUGGGUAUUCCCCCCCACGUAAUUAUUUCGUCUGCGUGUGCGCGAAUGGCAACACGACAACAGAUUGCUACAGCUACAGCUGGAUUAUUACUACGAGCUCGAGCUUGCAAUACAGCAGAGAUUUGCAGCUGGGAAUUUUGGCAAUUUUUGUUUUCUUCAUAGUAAUUUGACUAAAUGAGAAAUUAACCAUUCCGAGUAAUUAUCUAUUUAUUUAAAA